AUGACCCUCUCCACCAGCUUGAAAAGAUACUUCUCGAAUGGCUCCCACAAAUCCUCGACGGACAUCCCGUCCGCAACCGGCCCCGCCAUAUCCACCUCGUCCUCCGCGUUGUCCAAGAACGACCCGCUGUACGAGCCGGACAAGUCUGAAACCGCCAGCGUGCCCUCUCCGCCGCCGUCGGCAAGCACCGCCAACCCCGCCGCCAACAGCGCCGCGGGCAGCACCAGCUUCUCUGCAUUGAACAAGCCCUUGCCCAACGACCUCCAGCGCCAGCAGAGGAACCAGCAGGGCAAGAAACUGCCCUCCAACAUGAACAAGCUGUCGGUCGUGUCCUCGUCCUCGUCCUCGUCCUCUGCGCCGGCGCCAGCGUCCAAAAACGCCUGCACCUCACCGCUCAACAAGUCCCUCACCGGCGGCAUCGGCAUGCACUCAAACUGCUCGACCUCCGGCAACAUCAACAUGGCCAGCCCCAACGUCAACCUGAGCCCAAGCUUCAGCUUCAACAAGCCCUUCGGCGGGCCGUCGUCCCCGGUCGACAUUUUCGAGAGAAACGUCCAGAAUGCCGACCUCUCAACAGACCUUUCGAACAGCCCUUUGGCCAACAACAGCAACUUCAGCACCAGCACAAACAACAGCACCUUGAACGUCGACUUACCCUCCUCCGGGCCCCGUCCUCAUUCACAACCACAGGCACAGUUACCGUCCCGGUCAGGCUCUCGCUCCCAUUCCCGCUCCCAGUCCUUCACCAACCUGAACAACUCCUACAUCCUCUCCAAUUGUAGACCCCGUCACCUACUAUCCGAAAACUACACCUCCCCUGUUUUGGACUCGACUGUGGAAUUGAUAUCCAGCCAGAAAUUUGACGAUACCGACGUGGUCGAGGUUCCGCAUGCCCGUACUUCCGAGCAACUUUUCAAGAGCCACUCGCAUGUCUCCAACGCCUCCUUCUCAGGCUCAUCUUCUCAAAGACUCUCUAUCUCAAGGAAAUACUCGAACCCGGCCAAUAAUGGGCCAGCGAAGAAUCAGAUCAACUUGGAGCAUCUCCAAACAUCCUUCUCCCACAACAGAUCGAGAUCAUCUUUCUCAAACGUAUCCUCUCCUCUGCUCAAGACAAAGUCAGAAUCUCACUGUACAUGCAGCAAUAAUCACAACAAUGCCACCUCUAAUAAUCCCCUCAAUGCUGAUUCUCCUCUUGUGUCUCCGCAAAGGAAAUCGAUUUCAUUCUAUUCUUAUUUGGAUCUUUUGAAUUAUGAGAGACUUUCAAGUGGUAACAACAAGAACUACGCCAGCAGUAGCUCUCCUUCUCCUCCAACUUAUAAUAACGACUUUUUGAAAAGACAGAGUGAUUUGUAUGACGCCCAAGAAGAAGCAGAAGAUCUGAGAGACUUGAAUAAUGCGCAGUUGUUGGAAAACCAGCUCACUGGCGACCUUUUGUCCAUUAACUGUCCGAAGCACGGAAUCGCGGCAAGAAGAAUGGCUCAUCAAGGUUGCAUGGAGGACGGCGACGCAAGAAUCGAUGAAGAGUUGAAUAUAAACAAACCUAAAAGCUCAAAAGGCACCAGUGCCAACAACGCCGAAACUAAACAUUCUGGUCGUGGAACCCCACUAUACAGCGUUUUUUCUUCUCAUUCUGCUAUAGCUGAUGACCACAAUCAAACCCAGGAAGAAGAAGAAGAAGAGGAGGAGCAAGACGGCUCCAUCCAAUCCUGGGUUCCAGAAGACAACAACCUCAACAGCGAAAACUCAAGAACUGGGUCAAGACGCCAGAGCAUUGUUGAGGAAAUGGCCAGCUUGAAAAGUUGUACCACCAACAACUCUUACUUUGAAGAUGAAUUGGAAGAAUGUUCCACCCACGACACUGGCUCCAGAAUCGGGGUUCCUGUUGUCAACGUCUGUUCAGCCAACGACUAUCUAUCUUCAAGAACCAGAGAGUUGAGAAACAGCUUUGUUUGCAACGACCCCACACUAACUCCGAAAAAGAUAUUUCAACAACAGUAA